AUGCUCACUCAUCGUUCUUCAUCUUCAGGAAUCACCACAUCUUCUUCGUCUUCUCAACAACAACAACAACAACUACGGAAAACUUCCCGAAGAAAGAAAAAUCAUACUACUUUGCCUCCGACAUCACGAACGGAAGAGAACGAAACCACCAACUACGGAUCUGAUGUAUUUUUACAUCUUGAAGAUAUUCAGCAAGAAUCGGAACCAUCAUCAUCAUCAUCACGGACACGUCAGAAUUCCUCCAAGAGAGGAAGUAAAAGAAAGAGAAACAAUACGAAUAGACACCGAAAUAGAAUUAUUGAGGAAGAAGAAGAAGAAUUUCAAACUCCUUCUCAAGUUUCAUCAUCUCAAGAUUUUGAGCCAAGUAGACAAACCAGAAGAAUUCAAAGCAAUGAUCACAAUUACACGACACCAUCCAUGAGUGUGUUGCUAAAUAAUUCUAACAUGAACAACAUCUUGCGGGUACCUCCAAGCACAACAACAGAUGAUGUGCAAGUCGUUGGAGACAACAACAGCGCAGAUGCUCCCAUAGUGAUUGAGGAUGAUGUAGAUGUGUACAGACAUCACGGAAAUUCUGCAGAUGAUGCCAUUGUGUUAGAAGAAACCGAGGAAGAAGUUCAACAACCAACCCAAUCGCGAAAUUCUCCUACUGAUGAUAGAAUUGAUUUAGUUUCAUCCAUGAUUCCCUCUACAUUGCUAUUGUUUCAACAACAUCCAUUCAUUUCUUCUCAUGGACUUUCAAGAAUUAGUGCACUAAUUAGCUCAAUAGCGAGAUUACGAGCAUCUAUCAUGAAUGAACGUCCUUCAGCACCUGUAAGGUCCAAUAAUUUGACUAAAAUCAAAUAUCAACCACCUACUUCAGGAGAGAAAGAAGAAUGUACCAUAUGUCUCUGUGAAUUUGAAAAAAACGAGAAAGUAUACAAGACUGGAUGUGGUCACAUGUAUCACGUUCGAUGUUUAGACCAAUGGUUUAGACAAAAUACCAAUCACACUUGUCCUAAUUGUAGAUCUCACCUUGUCAAAUAA